CAUCCAUCCGCCUCUGCACCUACGUCUCCACUCCACCUCGUUCUGUCUAUUGUUGCUCGCUCUGAAAUGCCCCCGGAUCCUAAGCUACAAGCCUAUUUGGCGCAACACUACCUCUCCGGAGCAAAAGCAGAAGCCAUUCUAGCCAGGUCAGGGGGCGCAGAGGGGGAGCGCAAGAAGAAGAAGAAGCGAAAGAAAGUUGAGACGACCGACGAUGGGCUGCGAAUGCGGGACGAGGAGGAUGAGUGGAAGCGCAGAAGCGAUGAUGACGAGGAUCGCAGUGAUGCUCAAGUAGUCAAGGAUACUGGAGCUGGCAAGUUCAAGAAGGCAGCGUGGAGCAGUCUUGGCCCUGACGGCCAGCCCGUAGCUGAGCCAGAGCCUGCCGCUGAGGAGCAAGACGAGCAGCCGCAGAUGGUCGAUGCAAAGGGUAACCAAGUCUCAGCCGAAGCGCUGCACAAAAGUGAAGCAGCUCAGGCAAGCUCGCAAGCUGGCCCGUCAAAGCCUCGAGCCGGUCUGCGUACCAAGGAGGAGGUGAGGGCAGAACGGGUGGCAAGAGAGAAGGCAGAGAAAGCGGCAGAGGCAGAGGCAGCAUCGAGAGGCGUCGAGGAUCCAGACGACGAGGAAGCUCGCGCAGCACGACUGGCUCAAACCACAGUCUACCGUGAUGCCACUGGUCGUCGCAUCGAUGUCGAAGCCGAAGACAAAGCCCUCCGUCUCGAGGAGCAACGACAACGUCGCAAGGAACGCGAACGCAAAGACUGGAAUCGCGGCCAGCGUCAGCAAGCCGAAGAGGCUGCCGCUCGUGCUGAGCUCGCCUUGGUAGAGAAGGAAGGCGUGGCACGCUACAAGACGGACGAACGUAUGAAUGCCCAACUGCGAGAGGUGGAACGAGCCGACGAUCCUGCUUUGGCUUUUCUGACCAAGAAGCGGACUAAGGGACCCCAGCUACCCAAAUACAAGGGGCCUCCUCCCCCGCCCAAUCGUUUCGGUAUACCCCCGGGAUAUCGGUGGGAUGGAGUGGAUAGAAGCAAUGGAUUCGAGAAGAGGCGAUUUGAAGCGCUGGGAUCGUUCAAGAGACGACAGCAGGAUGAGAGGGCAUUUGGGACCGAGGACAUGUAAUUGAUCGAGCUUCACCAUGUAUAUUACCAUUCAAUCAUAUCACCACAUCAUCA